AUGUCAAGAGAAGGAUCCAAUCUGCAGGAAAAUUUCGAACCGCGAAAACCACUACAGACCAGUAUAUCUAAUUCAUUUAAUCCCUCAAUAUCCCAACGAGCAAAAACACCUUUACCAGCUAUAAAUAGUCAUCAAAAUACGAAGCCUGUUGCUGUCGUACCUUCGAAGAAUAUGUCAUUAACAAUAAAUAAUUCUAUCCAUGACGAAACCGAUCUCGUCUUACCAACCAAAGUAUUUCAGGCAAAAAAAAACUCAGUGAAAGAUUUAUCCCAAGCUCUCUGUUCGUAUUUAUGGUUUCGUCGAAUCAAAGAAAUUUUUCUCGUUAUGGGAAAACAAAACGAUGCAUUUACACGUUUUGAUAUGGAACUUGCUCGAAACGAUAUGAUUCAAACAUGUGAACAAUACUUAGAAAGUGAACGUCCGAAAAUUGGCGGCAUUAAUUUAAGUAAAUCGGAGCAAGAUAAAUUAGAUCGAUGGAAAAAUAAGCGAUUAUAUGGUGAAACAUUUCGAAUGUCCUAUUUUCGAAAGGAAACUGAUUCUGGCGAGAAAACAGUUAAAGUUCAGACAUUAACACAGCCAGAACUUUCGAAUGGCGAAGUUCCUAAUUUUGAUAAUGCCAUUUGGUGGUAUUCAUGUAACGAAGCUCCAAUCUUUGAUCAAAUGAAUAAUAUUUUACGUUUGGAAAAUUUCGAACUUCUGAUGUGUCAUCGCUACUAUAUAAGUGAUUUAUGUCAAAUGAUUGAACGAUCUUAUCUGCAAAAUCGAGUAUUGCAAAAACAGAUCGUCUAUCGAGCAGAUAAAUUAAGUGUUACAGAUUUUGAAAUCAUUAAACAGUCAACAACAGAAAAGGAUGCUCGAAUUACUAUUAAUGGAUUUAUUUCAACAUCUCGAAAUGAAAAAAUCAGUUUAGAAUAUGCAACGAAUAAAUUAAAAAAGAAAGGAAGUAAUGAUAUUGUCAUUAUGUAUGAAAUUACCAUCGAUCCAGUCAUACCUUGUUCAGCUUAUGCUGAUAUUCAAUCGAUUUCAUUUCAUCCUCGAGAAGAAGAAGUUCUCUUCAAUAUGGGUUCGACUUUUCAAAUCGAUAGUAUUGGUGAUGAUUCAACUAAUCCAGAAAUCAAACGUAUCAAAUUAACAGCACGAGAUUUCAAUCUGACUUUACUCGAUGAAAUGAAAGCCAAAGUCAAACAAGCAUCACAAGCAACUUUGAGUAUUUUACUCAUUCGUUAUCUGAUCGAACUAGGUGAAGAUCGAGUAUGCAAACGUUAUUUGAAUCAACUUGUCGAAAGUAAACAGUUAGAAAAUGAUCCUAAUCUCGUCGCGGUAUACAAUUGUCUUGGUACAAUUCAUUCCCGUCAAGCAUUGUAUGGUGAAGCGUUAGAAUAUUAUCGAAAAGCAUUGAAUACUCAAGCACGUUUACAGUUCUCGAAUAAUAAUGCUCUAGCGGAGAUUUUCAAUAAUAUUGGACAAACUCAUGUAGGAUUGAAUCAAUUAGAAGAAGCAAAACAAAAUCUUGAAGAAGGAAUUCGUAUUCAAAAACGUGAACCAAAACAUUCUCAACAACAUUUGGCUUCGCUCUAUUGUAAUUUAGGUCAAGUUGCCUAUGCUCAACAUGAUUGGGAUGAAGCAGAAAGUCAUUUCAAAUUAGCUUAUGAUUUAUACAAUCAAAGCUCGAAAAUUUCACAUGAUGCUCUCGAAAAACGCUUAUUAAAAGCCGAUCUAUGCAUUGCGUUUGGGCAUUUGAAAAGCGUUAAAAAUCCUAAAGAUUCAACGGAAGCAACUGAAAAAUUCAACGAAGCUCUGACUAUCUACGAAUGUAUCCUACCAUUAUCUCAUCCCAAAGUGGCUGAAGCUCAUAUUGAUAUUGUUUGUGAAUACACUCGAAAUAAAAACUAUCAAGCAGUAAUUCACUAUCAAGAUGAACAUUUUCGCUCAUUAUUAAAAGAUUACGAGAACAAAUAUACUACCAGUCAAUUGGAUCUUGCCAAUCUCUAUGCGAAUAUUGGUGCUUGUUUUGCUCAUCAAAAAGAAUACAAUAAGGCGAUGGAAAAUUGGAAGAAAAGUCUUGAACACGAACAAAAAGCCUUUUUUGAUGAGCUUUUAUCAUCAGCUCGUGUAUCGAAAAUUCAACGAUCGAUUCGAUUAGUCGAAAGUGCCUAUCGUGUGGCACUGGAAUAUUAUUUAUCCAACAACGAUGCACCCAAAGAAUAUCUCGCUAUUCUUUACGCCAAAAUGCAUGGCUAUGACAAAGUCAUCGAGAUUCUUCGAGGACAAAGUUCGUUUCUUCUUGCAAAUGUCUGUGUUUCUCAACGCAAUUUGAAAGGAAGUAUGGUUGUCUAUAAACGAAUUCUAGAACUAGAAAAACCUGAUACAACGCUAUUAACCGCAUUACUUUUACGUAUAUUAACAGCAAAAAAGGUUACAUCCACUGAAGAAUGUAUAGCAGAAUUACUACGAAUUGAGAAUUCCUUAAGAAAAAAUGUAGUAGAUAAUGAAGCGAUACGUCUACGUAUGAUUAUCAAUGAUUACCUAGCAGAAAGCUAUUUAGUUAAAGACAACUAUAAAUCAGCUCUUGAAUGUUCUCAAACUUCGUUUGAAUUAAAACAACGUCUCUAUUCAUCGUAUCAUCCGAGUCUCAUACGUAAUUAUCAAUUAGUAGCUUCAUGCAAUUUUCAACAGGGAGAUUACAAAAAUGCUGUACAAUACUAUGAAAAAGCGAUUGAAAUUCAAAUGGAUAAUAUGCCAACUAGUCAUCCUAAUAUUCGUGGGAAUUAUUUUCUCAUGGGAGAUUGUUACUGUCGAAUGGAUAAACUUGAAUUGGCAACGGAAUUCUAUGAUCGAGCUCAAGCACAGAAUGAAAAUGAGAACGAUGAUGAGAAAGAAAUAGAACGAGAUGUGAAAGCAUUACUUCGAAUGUAUUCUUAUCUGUCCGACGUCUUAGUUCAACAGAAAGAUUUUACCACAGCAAGUAACCAUCAACAAACAAGAAUCGAUACAUUAAAAGAAAUUCUUCCAACAUUUAUUAUUGAAUUAGUCGAAGACGAAGAAGCAACGAGUAUAACAUUUGAACAAUUACAAAUAGUAAUAAAAAGUCGUCUUGGCUUAGCCAAUGGUAGUACAUUUGCUCAAGUCCUACGAAAUUUCGUAUUUAUUCGUCUCUGUCUCGCUCGAGCUCUAUUACAAGCGGAAGAAAGUACAGAUGAUGACGAAGAUGCAACUGAUUUAUAUGAACAAAUGAUUGAACUUCAAUUGAAAUUGACACUAUUCGAAAACAAUGGUGAACAAGAUCUCACAUAUUGGUAUGAAGAAUUGGGCAAUGCCUAUAAUAAACUCUAUUCGAGUAUGAAGGAAACAACACGUGAUAAUCUGAUUAAAGCACUUGAAGAAACAACAAAUUCAGAUCGUCAACGAUCGAUUGAAUUUCGUCUUGGAAAUCUCUAUUUUGAUGAAGAGAAUUUCACCGAAGCAGAUCGAUAUUGGAAAAGUGCGUUGGAAAAAGUGAAACAUGACGAAACGACAAUUAAGACAGUAAUUGAAAAAUUAAUUGAAAAGAAUAAAGUGAAUUUAUCCAGUUUGGAAGACAAUAGUGAUCGUGAUGAUGAUGAUGAUGAUGAUGAAGACGAAGAAGAAGAGAAAGAAGAACAAGAUGCAACUGAACCACAUGUUCAAUCUGCAAAAUCUCAACGUCGUUUGUCGACGAAAUCACUCAAUGAGAAGGAAAAAUCUGAAGAAAUUGCCCAAGCUUAUCUAGAUUUAAAUGAUGAUAGAAUGGCAUUGAAAUAUUUCAAACGACACAUUUCAAAAUUAAAAGAAACGUCAACAGCUACAUGGUCUCAAACUGAUUUUCAAUCCGAACAAUUACCAAUGAUUAAACUAUUUUAUUCUUUUCUUACAGAGAUCAUCCAUUCAUUGUCGAAUUCGACAGAAAUUCCUGAUAAAAAUAUUCAAAUCAAUUUGUUACAAACUUACAUGAAAACCUUCACCAUAGCAGUACGAAUGACUGAUUCGUUCGAUCAAGUGUCUGAAUCAAUGUCGGCCGUGCUUGACAUCUGUCAAAGAUUGUACGAGGUUCCAAAUAAUCUUAUUACACUGUUCAAUUUGAUAUUUAAAAAUGAACUAUCAGAUGAUCUUCAUUGGAAUCAGCUCGCAGAUUUAAUCCCUCCAGCUGAAUCAAUCAGUAUGUUUAUGAAAAUAGGACAAUAUUACCUUUCCAAUCAAGAUUGGACGAAAGCAUUACAUAUUUAUCGUCUUCUUCAAGAUAAUAUUCACAAACAAGAGACACUAAAAUGUGCCAUUAAUUAUGGUAUAUUAAAAUUAUUAGAAUCAUAUGUAGUAGCAGAUGAAGAGUAUCGUCCAAAUAUCAAGACUGUUGAUAUUCGUUCAUCGUCUAUUCCCAUCUUCGAUCGAAUUAUUCUCUGUCGAUUAAUUAUCUCUUACAUGAUUGAGAUGGAAGAUGAUCAAGGUACUAGUCAAUUCAAGAAAGAAUUAUUCAAUUUACAGAAUGAAGUCUGGACAAAUAUCACUUUGAAAAAAACUGAUGGCAUUGGUCAAAUGUUGAUCAAAUUUGAUCAGAAUGCUCUUGCUUGUUGGUAUUGGACUGAAAUGCAAGCGCUCUACAAUGAAACAUUAUCGAAUUCUAUUGUCACUCGUCUAUAUUCUACAGAUUCAACAUUUGAAGAAAUUUAUUGUACAGUACAAGAAAUGAAUAAUGAUCUUUAUGAUAAUAUAAUUUUCUUGGCACAAAGCUAUGAGAAGAUGUCGGAAUAUAAAGAGAAAGACGAAUGUACAGAUGAUGCUUGUCAAUCACUUGAGAAGGCCAUCGUCAUUUGGAAAAAGAUAUCAUUAUUCAAAGAACGAGUUCAACUACUUCAAAUGAAAGUAGAAAAAUUAAAAACUGAAUAG